GCUUACUCUGUGGCCACUGCUCUGUUCGCCCUCAACUCUUCUGUUGCCAUGGAAAUGGCGAGCUCAGGUGAUCCUAAUAUCGGAGACCUGCUGGUGAGUCAAUGAAAGCCUCGACAAACCGGUUCGGCUGGCAGACACAAAAGAUACACAUCCGAAGAACUCGAGAGGGGGUGGGACGGACAAAUACCUGUUGUGCCCUAGGUAAAGCCUAUAUCUAGGAAAACUCGUUCACGAUCCCUCCACACAAGUAAAAAGAAAGUUAAAGGAACACAACAAUUAUUUCCAAAGCACAUAAACAGAAGAGGGACUUGUCGACCUACAGGCCAAUGCUUCACUUCAUCGUGCGUAUAUUACAAUCAACUCUCCCUUUACGGCCGUGUGCGAUUUAUAGCCCUCGAGAUUUGCCAGCCGAUGAACUCGGUAGACUACACGGACAUAAACAGAGGAGCGGGGAUUUACAGUAGCGGUCCAGAGGAGGGAUAAACAGCAGUCGAAACUUUAUCCAUGGCGCAGAUCAGGCCAGUCACCCAGGGCGCAUUCCACUGGCAGAGAAGCGAGAGUGGAGUUCACAACACGACACACUGAGAGUGCUCCUCUCUACCGUGCUGAGUCUAGUAAUACCCGAGGAGCAGGUUAUUAUUAACUGUGGAUUAAACUUUUUGCUUUUGACGAUGAGAAGCCUGCAGGAGCUGGAGUUACAGAAGCAUGCUGUGAUUUGACUGGUUUUGGAAAAUGGACAGCGAAACGCGCACAGAAAAGUUUGCGGCCGAUUUUUCCCGAGGAUUGUGACAGACAUAAAGUGGUGUUCGCCAUGGCCGGUUGUGUCCGAUGGUGCCAUCGGUCGUGUAUGUGCUGCCUGUCAGAGGAGGAGAAGAACACCAUCGUGUUGGACAAAGAAAUCCAGAAGAUUCUCCGGGAACAGAAAAAGAGAGAACGAAGGGAAAUCAAAGUUCUCCUGUUAGGCACGGGGGAGAGUGGCAAGACCACCUUCAUCCGCCAGAUGAGGAUCAUCCAUGGCCGGGGCUUCACGGAUGACGAGAGGAAGGCCUUUGCUCAAUGCAUCUUCCAGAACAUCUUCACCGCCAUUCAGGCCCUGACCACUGCCAUGGAGGCCCUGAAGAUCCCUUACUCCAACACAGAGAACGAGAUGUAUGCCAAGUGGAUCCAUGAGGAGGACACUGCGAAGGUGACCCGUCUGGACCGCGGCUACGUGGACGCCAUCCGCCGGCUCUGGGCCGACGGAGGCAUCCGCAUCUGCUACGGUCGCCGCGGAGAGUACCAGCUCCUGGACUCCACCGAGUACUACCUGAGCAAUCUGGAUCGCAUCUCCACUCCAGACUACAUCCCAACUGCCCAAGACGUGCUGCGGGUUCGAUUCCCGACUACAGGGAUCCAUGACUACUCCUUUAACGUCAAGACCAUUACACUCAGGAUCGUGGACGUCGGCGGUCAGAAGUCUGAGCGCAGGAAGUGGAUCCACUGCUUCGAGAACGUCACCUCCCUCAUCUUCCUGGCCUCCCUCAGUGAAUACGAUCAGGUCCUGGAGGAGAGGGAUACAGACAACCGCAUGCUUGAGAGCCUGGCUCUGUUCUACACGACCAUCCACUCUCCCUGGUUCGCCAGCACGUCCAUCAUCCUCUUCCUCAACAAGACCGACAUCCUGGCCGACAAGAUCCAGACGUCGGACCUGCAGAAGUACUUUCCGGACUUCACGGGAAGGAGGCGGGACGCGGAGGAGGCCCAGCAGUUCAUCAAGAAGAGGUACGUGCAGCAGGCCAAGAACCGAGACAGGCAGCAGGACAGCAAGACCCUGUACCCUCACUUCACCUGCGCCACCGACACAAACAGCAUCCGCAAGGUGUUCAGCGACAUCAAGGACACUGUGCUGCUCAAGUCCCUCGUCGAGUAUGGGGUCAUCUGAGGGCUUCCACCACACGGCAGAGAGCAGGUGGUGGGGGAGGGAAGGCCAGGAGAGGUGAGGGGGAGAGGGAGGGAGGGAGCAAGGGAAGGGCGGACAGGAGAGGCCUAUUUAUUUUUUUUGGAGGUAUCGUUGAGGAAUCGCUUUUGCUCACUCACUGGGUUCUUGUUAGUCACGGACCACCGAGCCAGGGUCACACCAUGGAUUACAGGAAAUCCCUCUGGAAUGUUCUUUUUGAAUUCCUUCUCCGGUCUCCGACGGGUCAGCAGCGUCCCGCCCGGAGGAGCCAAGAGGAAAGCAGGGCAUCAGCCGUGUCAGAGAUUACUUUAGAUCGUGUCUGUUGUCGUAGAGACGAGGAACGGUUUGCCGAGGGGAACCUGGGAAUUUUGGGAGUUAAACUGCAAUCCGUCUCUCACUUGGACUCACUCGCUGACGCUGAAAGAUUCUCAAUAGUGUGUGUAUUUGUGUGUGUGUGUGUGUGUGUGUGUGACACGCACACCAAACACACACAAAACAAACAGAUGCUGCAUGUUUUUUUGUCAUGUGGUCACCACUCUUUUGGAGGGACUUUUUUUCACUCUUCGCUGAUAAAUAAUAUUGAAGGAUUGCUGUUUAGGAUAUGCAGCUAAAAAGGAUCUCCAUGUUGUUGAGUCCCUGAACCCAGCCAUGCUUAAUGUCCCGAGGGUAAUGACAAUAGGAUAAUGUAACACACUCACUCUGAUAUUUUCCAAAUAUACACUAGCAAUACAAUUCUGUUCCAUUACAUUUUGAAUUUGCAAAUCAGAACCAAAAUUCCUUUGAAUUAUUGAAGCAGAUAUUUAUAUCCAUAAUAACAGUCACACUAAUAGUGAAAAUAAUAUAAUAAUAUGAUUGCGAUAACAUUCUGGUAAGAGUUUGAGAUGCAGCGUUGUGCUUUCUCCCACAAUCGACCGACCAUGAUUGGAAGUUGGACGCACUGAAGCGAGAGCCGUUUAAUGAGGGCUGAAUGGACCCUGAGGGCCUCUGAACCAUUACACUCUAGGUCAGGGGUCUCAAACUCGAGGCCCGAGGGCCAAUUGAGGCCCGCGGGAUGAUAUUUUGUGGCCCCCUACCUGGCAUCAAAGUUUAGUGUUAGUGCGGCCCGCGCGUUGUUGUCAAACGCACAUUUUUUGCUGAGUCGCUUGCCACGCUUUUUUAUCACUUUAUCACACCCAAUUUUGAGUUGUGUGUCCUGAGUCCCAUCAAACGCCAAAGAACGCUAAAAAUGUCCCGGUUUCCACCAACCAGUAUGAAAUGUCCUAUGUCGUCAGCGAUUACAUAGCCACCGUGAUCUAAUUAUAGUCUGAUCAUUAACUUACAUUGGGUCAGUUGUUCUACUUUCUUCUGUGGAAUACUUGAUGUGGCCCAGCCUGACCCAGACUCUACCUCCAGCGGCCCCCAGGUAAUUUGAGUUUGAGACCCCUGCUCCAGGUACUGUCAACAUCAACCAGUAUUGAUGCCAGCGCAAUGGGUGCUUUUGAAAGCCUAGUACUUGUGUACACAUCUGUACAAGAAAACAAACACAAAUGUACCCCCAGAUAUUAACUAGUGUCAAAGUUAAUAACUUCUUUUAAAACAGAAAUUAAAAUCAAAAUGUUAUAUUUUUCAAGAUAUCAGAAGAUGAGCAGGUUACUGGCAACACGUUACAAGUAGAGAAAUUGCCCAGUUUCCCAACCAGUUUCCAAUCCAUUUGUUUUUUAGGUGGGUUAUCCCAGCAUAGCUUUGGUGUUGAAGGUAACAACAAUUUUCUUGAAAGUGCCGGUGUAAACCAAGCAUUGCUAUCAAACCUAUUUCUGUUCACAGGUGAAAAUGGGGAAUCCAUAAUUGAAACACGGAAAAUGUCUCAGAUAGGAAGCAAAUAGCAGCUCUUACCUCUCCUGGAAGACGGAUUGUUAAAAGGUCUGACUGCUUCAAUUAAUUGCUAUUUUCCCAACCACCACCAUCUUUGUGUUCAGAGGUUUUUUAUUAUUUUAUUAUUAUUUUAUUUUAUCUAAAUUACCGUAGGCUGUGGGUUGUGCAUUGAAUGCCUUUUCAAGACAAAUGUUAAUAAUAUAUUUACGGUACCCAUUUUUUAUAUGUAAUUUUAUAUUGUUGGGUAGGCCUAACUGUAUUGUAGAUAUUGACCGUGGGCAAACAUUGGUGACAGUGAAGUUUAGACACUGGAUGUGGGCUGUUAUAUGUUUUUUGAGGGGAGAAUUUGUAAGAGAAAUUAAAAACAAAAGUCACCCACCUGACAAAGAA